UCUCAUGAGCUAGAUGAGAAUGCUAGGUCAUUGCUGAUACAGUGUGUACAGUUAUAUAUAUUCCUCCCAGGAAGGAGCUGCUCACACCCUGCUGUCACAAUGCACUCACUGCUAGUCUGUGCUCUGCUGCUCUGCACCCUAAUCCAGCCAGAUUCAGCACUCCUCAGAAUACCUCUGAAGAAAUUCACCUCAAUUCGCCGCACUCUGUCUGAAGCCGGUGGGGAUGUGGAAAAGUUGAUUGAAAAUUCUGUCCACCCUAAAUAUUCUGGGUUUCCACCAAAUGGAGGUCCUACACCAGAGACACUGAAAAACUACCUGGAUGCCCAAUACUAUGGUGAGAUCGGCAUCGGAAGCCCUCCUCAGACAUUCAUGGUGGUGUUUGACACUGGAUCUUCUAACCUGUGGGUACCAUCAAUCCAUUGUUCUGUACUGGACGUUGCCUGUUUGGUACAUCACAAGUACGAUUCAUCGAAGUCUUCUACGUAUAAGAAGAAUGGCACCGAGUUUGCCAUCCAGUAUGGCACUGGGAGCCUGUCCGGAUAUCUCAGUGAGGAUACUGUGACCAUUGGAAAUCUCGGUGUGAAAGGGCAGCUGUUUGGUGAAGCUAUUAAACAGCCUGGUAUCACGUUUGUGGCGGCUAAAUUUGAUGGAAUCUUGGGAAUGGCAUACCCACGAAUCUCUGUAGAUGGCGUUCCACCCGUGUUUGACAACAUUAUGAAUCAAAAACUGGUUGAAAACAACAUAUUCUCGUUCUACCUGAACAGGAAUCCAGAUGCCCAGCCUGGUGGUGAGCUGUUACUAGGAGGAACAGAUCCCAAAUACUAUACUGGAAACUUUAACUAUGUGAAUGUGACACGCAAAGCAUACUGGGAAAUUCCUAUGGAGCAGAUGGCCAUAGGGGAUCAGCUGACUCUCUGUAAGGGCGGCUGUGAGGCUAUUGUCGACACAGGAACCUCAAUGAUCACUGGCCCAGUGGAUGAAGUUACAGCACUACAGAAAACCAUCGGGGCUAUCCCACUUGUCCAGGGAGAGUAUAUGGUUCCAUGUGAAAAGGUCUCAUCUCUACCUGUCAUAAAUUUGAAAAUUGGAGGACAGACAUAUUCUCUAACUGGUGAACAGUAUGUGCUUAAGGUAUCUCAAGGUGGCCACACCAUAUGUGUGAGUGGUUUCAUGGGUCUUAAUAUCCCACCUCCUGCUGGCCCCCUCUGGAUUCUUGGAGACGUUUUCAUUGGCCAGUAUUAUACCGUUUUUGACCGCUCUAAUGACCGUGUAGGUUUUGCAAAAGCCAAGUGAUCCCAGCAAGCCUUGUAAAAACCUUGAGAAGGUCUCCCUCCUGACUACCGCAAUCCCAAUCCUUCCAGCUCAAUGCACAGCAUUGUGUACCUGCAGGGCGCUUUGGCAAUGCCUUGCUAGAAAAAUUAGUACCUGUGUCACAGUGCCCAGUAGGCAUCAGAACGUGAUACAAUGAUACAUGAAUUUAGAAUUAUUGCACAUGAACAAUCAACUACUCACUUGCCAGAUGGAACAUUGACUCCUUAUCUUCCUUUAAAUACAUUAUAUGGACUCUCAGCCACAGAUUAUUGAAUAACACUGAAAGUCUCUAACUGCUGGACUCUAUAACUUUAUUGGCUGGCUAAUGAUAUGUGAUUUUUAAUACUGAAUAAAUGGACUACGCAAAACUA